CUUCCUUCCGGAGCCCCCAAAAGGAGCUUUCGUCGUGGGCACGAAAAUGGCGGGCGCGGCGGCGGCGGCGGCCUGCAUCUUCUGCCGGAUGGCCCGCUCUUCCACCUCCACUCCUGUCCUCCACUCCGACGAUCGAGUGGUCGCCUUCCAGGACGUCAACCCCUCCGCGUCCAGGCAUUAUUUGGUGAUUCCGGUGGAGCACAUUCCGACUGUGAGAGACCUCAAAAGGAGAGCUGAAGAUUAUACCUUAGUGAGUCACAUGCUGGAUGUGGGGAGAAUGCUUUUACAGAGAGACGUGCCUCAGUCAAAGCAAUACAGGUUUGGCUUUCAUCAGCCUCCAUUCAACACUGUCAACCAUUUGCAUCUUCAUUGUUUGGCACUACCUUUCAUACCCAGAUGGAAACAUAUGAAGUACUUGUCAUUGGGACCACUCGGUGGGUUUAUUGAAGCAGAGAAGUUAUUGGACAAACUGAAACCAGAGUAACCAAGUCAUGCAUAACCUUAAUCUUCAAUUGAAUUGUAUUGACUUUCUGAUUUGGAAUUGGAUAUAUUUAACCACAUUUAUAAAUUGGAAGUUCCCUUAUAUUA